AUGGGCGGAAAGUGGCUGCAGUCACAAAGAUCUGACAUUGGACGAAUCAUUUCACAGAAUAGUGCACAUCGCUGCCAAGUUUGUCCAUCUUCAACGAGUGAUCGAGCUAAAAGCUCGUCUGACUCCAAUGUGGAGAUAUUCUUUGUACUAUUGAUCUGGUAUAUGACAAUUGGUAUUCAUGUAGGAGCUCAAUUUCAAGCAGAGAAAGAUGAAACGGCCCAAUUCGACGUACUAACUGAUUCAAUGCAAUACAUGCCGACGAUGAGAAGAGCAUCACUUCUGGCUCAGCAUCUUGAGGUUGAUUAUGGCUUAGGCAAGAUCAAUCCUAACCAAAAUAUUGAUGAAAAGUAUAGGUUAAAAGCUCUUAAUGUUAGUCUAUUAACUCAGCGUCGAUUGCAUGGCUUGCAAUUUCCCCCAAAUUGUUCGUCAGUCAAGCUAUUGCUAUGUCAAGUGCCACCUCAUGGUUUAGGAAGUGUUCUGCAUCAUCUAGCUUAUUGUUUAAUUUUUGGUUAUGGACUGAAUAGGACAGUUGUUUUUGAUUGGGAAGAAUUUCGAUAUGAAAUCCAAUGGAAUGAUUACUUUUAUCCAUUAACCAAUUGUACUGUAACGCCUGAUAUCCAAAAUCAGGCUGCUAAAUAUGAUUUCACUUGGUUGGGACACGAUCUUGCGCAACUUGAUCAUAAAGUCAUCGCUUUUCCUUUCGGCUAUAUUCUUCAUCGCCAAUAUGGUUAUAUGGUUCCGGCUGAUCUAGUUGCAGAUAUUUUGCCUUGGUGUGAUGAUCCUGUUUUAUGGUGGCAUUCUUUAGUCAUGCGUUACGUUCUAUUACCAACAUCGAAAUUGCGAUCAUUACUAUUAAUGGCUCGAAAACGCUUACAAUAUCCGUCGUCUACGGUCGGUAUUCAUAUUCGUCAUACAGAUAAACUAUUUAAAGAAGCUAAAUAUUACGGACUACAGGAAUAUCUUGAGAUUGCAGAUUCCUAUUUUAAAUCGUUAGCUAGCAAUGGCAGUUCCGAUGAUACCAACAAAGCCAUUUUUUUAGCCACGGAUGAUACAAAAGUUGCCCAACAAUCAAAGUCCUUUCGUCAUCAAUAUACCAUUAUAAAUGAUUAUGAUGCUACAUCUCUUGCUGAAGGGAGCUACUAUAAAUCACCAAGAUAUUCAAAGAGAGGAUUUGAAACUGCACUCGUUGAUAUCUACCUUUUAGCUGCUAGUGACUAUACUAUUGUGACCAUGUCAUCCAACGUAGGAAGACUAGUAUAUGAAAUUAAAAAAAUUUAUCUAUGGCACGAUAUAAGUCAUACUAUAUACAGUUUAGAUGAAGCCUAUAAUUUAUUUGGUUGCGAUCGUUAUAUAAUCCAUCAUCGCCAACGUGCAGUACAUGUCGCUGUUAAGGAAUACAAGGCUAAAGAUGACAAUAGGGAACUAUCUCUUCAACCAGGGGAUCUGGUAUACUUUGAAAGAUUGGGUUUGAGACCUAAUCAAUAUUUUGGUUAUUCUGAGACGUUGCAACGUCAUGGAAUCUAUCCCAUUGAUUGCGUCAAAAUUGUAACAAAAAUUUAUGAUUAUCCUGUAUAUGAAGAAUUUGCAAAAACUACUAUUAACCGAUUAGAGCUUUAUGAUGGUUAG